UCCGGCGCCGGCGACUGUCGCACCUAUUUGUGUUGGUGCUUUAUUAUUGUCCUAAACAAGCGAAUGAUUUGUUACUUUCAGCUGUUUAGAGUGAAGCUGGACGCUUUUCUGGGGUAAACAGUUUAUAAGAGUUAUCAGAUAACAGCAGCUGAGGAAGUAGUUCCGGCUGGAGGACAAAUCACAGCUGUCAAGUGGAGCAAUAACGAGGAUGAGUGCGGAUGGAGGGAAGCCGGUGAAGGUGGGCUGUCUGGUAGAGGUGAUUGGAAAAGGGCAGCGUGGCACUGUGGCGUAUGUCGGCGCAACACUCUUCGCCUCAGGGAAAUGGGUUGGGGUCAUUCUGGACGAGCCAAAGGGCAAAAACGACGGUACUGUUCAGGGCAAGUCCUACUUCACCUGCAAGGAGAAUCAUGGGAUAUUUGUCCGCCAGUCACAGAUCCAGCUGAUUGAAGAUGGAGGAAGCACAGCGACUUCACCAGAUACACCCGAGUCCGGGAUCGCCAGAGUGCCUCGGAAAGAAAUUGCAGAAACGCCUGGAAAAGGAGCCAAACAGGCCGCUGUGCGCCGUAGUACCAAGACUGGCCGUCCCUCUGGUGCUGGUACAGAUCUCUCAGGCUCAGUCUUGGUGGAGAAUGAACCUGCCACUCCUUCCCAGAGUGCACUGGGGGCUCCCAUAAUGCCACAGCCCAGCAGGACCCCUAGUGAGCCUCCCAGCAGCCUUGCUCCCUCUAUCUCCAGCAAAGAGGAGGAGGCUCUGCGUGCUCAGGUGAAGGAUCUCGAGGAGAAGUUGGAGACUCUGCGUAUAAAGCGGACCGAGGACAAAGCGAAGCUGAAGGAACUCGAGAAGCACAAGAUCCAGCUGGAGCAGCUACAGGAGUGGAAGAGCAAAAUGCAGGAGCAGCAGAAUGAGCUGCAAAAACAACUCAAAGAAGCCAAGAAGGAAGCACGUGAGGCUCAGGAAGCUAAAGACCGCUACAUGGAAGAGAUGGCAGACACGGCAGACGCAAUCGAAAUGGCCACUCUGGAUAAAGAAAUGGCUGAGGAAAGGGCGGAGUCACUACAGCAAGAGGUGGAGAGUCUGAAGGAGAAAGUGGAGGAGUUAACCAUGGACCUGGAAAUCCUUAAACAUGAGAUUGAAGAGAAAGGUUCAGACGGUGCAGCCUCCAGUUAUCAGGUGAAACAGCUGGAGGAGCAGAACGCACGACUGAAAGAGGCAUUGGUCAGGAUGCGUGAUCUGUCUUCAUCUGAGAAGCAGGAGCACGUGAAGCUACAGAAGCAGAUGGAGAAGAAGAACUCUGAACUGGAGACUCUGAGAGUGCAGAAGGAGAAACUGCAAGAGGAGAUGAAGCAGGCUGAGGCCACCAUUGAUGAGCUCAAAGAGCAGGUGGAUGCUGCACUAGGAGCAGAAGAGAUGGUGGAAACUCUGACCGAGAGAAAUCUGGACCUAGAGGAGAAAGUGAGAGGGCUGAGAGAGACCGUCACUGACUUGGAAGCAAUAAAUGAGAUGAACGAUGAGCUGCAGGAGAAUGCACGAGAGACAGAGCUGGAACUGCGUGAGCAGUUGGACCUGGCAGGAGCUCGAGUCCGAGAGGCCAACAAGAGAGUGGAAGCAGCUCAGGAGACUGUGGCCGAUUAUCAACAGACUAUCAGUAAAUACAGGGAGCUCACGACUCACCUACAGGAAGUGAAUAGAGAGCUGACCAAUCAGCAGAGUGCCACAGCCGAGCAGCUUCAACAGCCUCCUACCGAGCUCUUCGACUUCAAAAUCAAAUUCGCAGAGACCAAAGCUUACGCCAAGGCCAUUGAGAUGGAGCUGCGCAAGAUGGAGGUGCAGCAGGCAAACAGGCAAGUGUCACUGCUCACGUCGUUCAUGCCCGACUCCUUCUUGAGGCACGGAGGAGAUCAUGACUGCAUCCUGGUGCUGCUACUCAUCCCCAGACUCAUCUGUAAGGCGGAGUUGAUCAGUAAACAGGCCCAGGAGAAGUUUGAUCUAAAUGAGAAUAUUACAGAACGCAGUGGGCUGCGUGGAUCGGCGGGGGAGCAGCUGAGCUUCGCCUCGGGCCUUGUAUAUUCCCUCACAAUGCUCCAGGCUACACUGCACAAAUAUGAGCAGGCACUAAACCAGUGUAGUGUGGAUGUGUUUAAGCGGAUGGGGACUCUGCAUUCUGAGAUGAGCGUACACGAGCGUUCUCUCGACUUCCUCAUUGACCUACUGCAUAAAGAUCAGCUAGAUGAAACGGUGCAAGUGGAGCCUCUCACCAAGGCCAUCAAAUACUACCAGCAACUGUACGGCAUCCACCUGGCUGACCAGCCUGAAGAUUGUACCAUGCAGCUGGCAGACCACAUCAAGUUUAUCCAAAGUGCCCUGGACUGUAUGGGGACAGAGCUAGGGCGCCUGCGUUCCUUCCUGCAGCCUGGGCAGGAAGGGGCGGAGCUCACGUUGCUGCUGAAGGACCUGGAAACUUCCUGCGGAGACAUUCGUCAGUUCUGUAAGAAAAUCCGCAGGAGGAUGCCUGGGACUGAUGCGCCUGGGAUACCUGCCGCACUCUCUUACCCUCCUCAGGUGGGUGAGACCCUGGCAGAAAGCAGGAAGCAGCUGAGUUGUGUAGUUGCAGUGCUGCAGGAGACAGCAGCAGCAGGAGCUCAACUCAUCGCAACCCUCUCGGAGCAGGAGGGGCUUGGCGCACCCACUCUCGAGGAUGGAGUCUUUAAAGCAGUAGAGCAGAUUUACGGUUCUCAUGGUCAGAAUCCACGCGAGUGUCUGCGCCAGUCAUGCAGCACAGUCAUCGCAACCAUGAACAAGAUGGCCACUGCUAUGCAAGAGGGAGAGUACGAUUCUGAGAAACCGCAACAUGUGCCUCCCCCUGUAGAGAUGCGUUCUGCUGCUCUGAGAGCUGAGAUCACUGAUGCGGAAGGACUCGGUUUCAAACUGGAGGACAGAGAGACCGUCAUCAAGGAACUUAAGAAGUCCCUCAAGAUCAAGGGGGAGGAGUUAAGUGAGGCGAAUGUGCGGCUGAGUUUGCUGGAGAAGAAGUUGGACACAUCUACUAAAGACGCGGAUGAACGAGUGGAGAAGAUCCAGACCAAACUGGACGAGACAAACACACUGCUGAAGAAAAAGGAGAAGGAGUUUGAGGAGACAAUGGAUGCACUGCAAGCUGAUAUUGACCAGUUAGAGGCAGAGAAGGCAGAGCUUAAACAGAGACUCAACAGCCAAUCACGGAUGACUAUCGAAGGGCUGCGUGGAACACCAGCAUCCGGCAUUGCUUCUAUUGUCACAGGAGGCACUACAGGAGGUGUCGUCUCUGGUAUAAUGAGUGUACCGGGUACUGUGCAAGUGGUGGAUUCUCCUCUUCUGAAGCAGCAAAUGGAUGUUCAGAGGUUCGCAAUCAAACACCUGAAGAAUGAAAACUACAGACUCAAGGCAGAGAAGAUGAAGGCCCAGCUGGCAUCUCUUCCUCCUCUGAGCGUGCCCAACAUGGCCGGUGUGAUGAAGGAUGGCUCACUGAGUGACGGCGUUUCCGGAGCGCUGUACCGGAAAACGGACCUGUUGCUCAGCAACCUGCUCAAGAUGAGUGCCGGUGUCAAAGUGGUGGACAUCACCGGAAAAACACCUGUAAGUGCCAGUGCUCAGCUGUUAGAGCAGACAGCGAGACUACAGGCUCUGAGUGAUGCCUUAGACAAACUGAAGAAUGAAGUAUCGGAGCAUGUUGUAAACCAACAGGUGGGCGCUCAAGUUCGCUCUGAUUUUGCUACAUUCCCUUCGUCAACUUUCAUCAAGGCGGAGGGGGAGAAGAAGUGUGGCACUGUUCUGGUGGGUAAAGUGAUGAUCCCAUGUGCUCGGGGUAAAGAACAAGCCCAUUCUCUCAUCCUGUCACAGCAUCAGCUUCAGCGUGUGCACCACCUCCUCAUGACCUAAAUGCUUCAUUUCAUUGGACCACUUCAGUCCGGAGAAGACUGCUCCACCUAUCAGACACACCCUUUCACAGCACUUCCUGUUUCUCUCAGGAACUUCAGUCCAGGCUUUCAGUUUUCUUCCAAACCAAAGAGAAUCGCCUCUCUUCAGUAGCUUCAGGUUAUUUGAGAUCAAAGGAUAUUCAGGCUCUGCUUGUACAAACCUAAUUUUUUUUUUUUUGUACUUUAUACUUGACUCUGGAGAAUUUGUACAUCAAAUGGGUUUGGCAAAAAAAAAAAUCUGAAUGGCUAAAACACUACCAUGAACAAUUAUUACAAGUUCUUACAUGUUCCUAAUAACUUUUGCCAUUUUGGAUGUCAUUUCUUUGACUGUGACGCAUUUAGAGAUUCUUAUGCAAUUUUUAAUGUGUGUAGCAAAUAAAUAAAUAAUGUGGUUCAAAUUUUAGCAAAAAAGGUAAACUGAGUAGGUAAAACUACAUCGGUAAAAAUGGACUGAAAUUCUGGGUGUUAGUCCCAUGAAAAAAGUAUUUACAGAUUUAUGCAAUUUUUGAUUGUUGGCAAUGGUUAUUCUGAAGCUCACUCCUUUUUUAAAAAGCUUGCUCACUUUAGAAUCGUAUUCACAAGGGAUGCACAAACCUUUUUCAUUUUCAGUAGUCAUCUUAAUAUCAGAGAUGAGUGCUAUUCAGAUUUUUUUUUAACUUUAAUAAUUACAAGCAGCCUGCUUGCUGUUUUCUUUUUCAGUUAAUUGAAAGCUUAAAUGGUUAAGCUGAAACAAUACUGAUACGGAGUGUCGUUCGUGCACAUUUAAUGUAUAACAAAGGGGAGCACUAAAUACCUAGUUAAAAUGAUUGUUUAAAUAGAAAAUAAUUGGUUCACUUGCAUUUCUCUUUAACACACAGAAAGGACCAAAUCAAAACCAGGCUGCAUCUCUGCAUUUUCAAAAGUCCUGUUCAUGAUUUCUAAUGACCAGGAAAUCUGCCUCUUAAGAAUCUGCCAAAUCGUUAUGGAUCGUAUUGAAUUCAGCCCUCUCCCUUUAACCUGUGCUAAAAUGUUCUUGCCAUUUAUUAUUGCUUAUUUAAAUGUCUUUCUUUGCUGGUAUAGAAGGAUAAAUGGUUCAUACCCUUUAACUAAUGACAUUUCAUUUCUGGCUAAUGUUGACUCGUAAUACAAUAAUGACUUUUUUUUUUUGCAUUUGAACUUAAAUAAAAGUAAAAAGAAAUUAUCAUG